UUUCUCCUCUCGCCAGACACCAAUUCAAUUAACUCCAAAUAUGAAAUUGGUAAUUGCAGCGGUUGUACUCACUUUAUUUAUCGUUGUUAAGGCCGAGCUGACUCUGGAGCAGCUCAAGAAACUGAAGGAUCACCGCGAGAACUGCAUCAAGGAAUCCGGCGCAGAUCCAGAGGUAGUGGCGAAAGCGAGGACAGGGAACAUUGCGGAGGACCCCAAGCUGCAGGAACACCUCUUAUGCAUGUUCAAAAGGAUCGGCUUCAUGAGCGAAGAGGGGAAGAUUCAAAGAGACGUGCUAAGGAGAAAACUUGUGGAUGUUAUUAAAGACGAAGAACUGGCCGAUAAGCUCAUUGGCGAGUGUGUAGUUGAAGCUUCCACCUCACAGUUGACCGCUUUAGAGAGCUUUAAAUGCUUCUUCACUAAAACCGGUUUGCCGAUAGUGUAAAGGAUUCACAUUUUUGUUUUAUGGUUGCUUAUCAACAUUGAAAAAAGCAUAGCAAAACUGUGUUUUUCAAAGAAUGUUUAAAAUCUAGACCUACAACCUACUACUAAUCAAACCGAUUUUAGUGACUUCCUAGAAAUAAGCCAUAAAAUAAAUGACUAGAAAAAAGUAUUGGAAAACUGAAGACUUUAAUUUUUUAUUAUCUUUUGUGACAUUGUGAUUUUUUAGUGAUUCCAUCCAUUUUGUGUGAAUAAAUAUUUUUAAUAACAAAUUUGUUAUAAUAUCA